AACUUAUUAAAUAGGUAGUUAUGAUUAGAUUGGAUAAGAACUGCCACUUGCAUCUGCUAUACUGGUGGGUGGCGUUUGGCCUUCCGAUUGUGGGAGCGCAAGUAGUGCAGUACUACAAGGCGGGGGACAAAAUCGAUUUGUUCGUGAACAAAGUGGGUCCCUACAACAACCCAGAUGAAACGUACCACUUCUACACUCUGCCCAUCUGUCAGCCGGAGAAAGUAAAACAUAAAAGCAUGACUCUGGGAGAGGUUCUGAAGGGAGACAGACUGGCAUACUCUAACUUCGACAUCAAGUUCAACACGAAUGCUGAAGGAGUAGUUCUGUGUGAGAGGGCUUUAUCGGGUGAUCAGGUGAAUACACUCGUCAAUGCCAUCGAAGAAGAAUACUACUUCGAGUUCUAUCUGGACGACUUGCCUCUACGUGGCUUCCUGGGAGAGUAUGUGGAGCAGAAUAUUUGGCCCCAUAAACACAUCUGCAAAAUCAACACUCACAUCAGAUUCCUGCUCAGCUACCACGGACCCAAUGUGAUUGCGGCCAGGGUGUCAACUGACAAGCCAGUGGAGUUGAGUGAGGACACUCCCCUCAGCACCAUCCAGUUCUCCUACAGUGUCUACUGGGUGGAGACGGAGAAGACCGUGGAAGACAGGGUGCAGCUGGAGAGACACAGCAGAGGCCGUUUCUUCCCCAAGUCACUCGAGGUCCACUGGCUCAGUGUCAUCAACUCAACCGUCCUCGUCCUGCUCCUUGUUGGAUUCGUAUUCAUCAUUCUAAUGAGGAUACUACGAAAUGACCUAGCGAGGUACAACAAGGACGACAUGGCGGCUGCUGGUAGUGGGGGAAUGGCAGCUGACGAGAUGGACUUCGAUGAUGCGGAGGUGGGCUGGAAAAUGAUACACGCAGACGUUUUCAGGUUCCCUUUCGCAAAGAGUCUUCUGUGUGCCAUGAUAGGAGUGGGCACUCAGUUCAUCGCCAUUGCCGGAGGUCUUAUCACCAUGGCUGCCUUCGACAUGUUCAAAGUACACAAACACGGAACCAUGUAUUCUUCUGCAGUUCUUUUAUAUGCUGUCACCUGCUUAUUGAGUGGGUAUGUGUCUGUGACCCAUUACGUGCAAAUGGCUGGCUCCAAGUGGGUCCACAACCUGCUCCUUGUCUGCCUCGUGUUCGCAGCCCCAAUGUUCCUCUGCUGGAGUGUCGUCAACUCCUUCCACUGGGCAUACCAGUCCACCCAGGCACUCCCAUUUUCAACUGUCAUGCUAGUCGCCUUCAUUUGCAUCUUUAUCGGAGCUCCCUUGACGGUUAUUGGAGGUGUGUUUGGUAAAAACUGGGCACCGGCAUUCGAUGCACCCUGCCGGACGAAGAACAUCAAGCGGGAGAUCCCGAACACGAAUUGGUACAACAGUGGUCCCUUCCAGAUGUUCAUCGGAGGCUUCAUCUCCUUCAGCUCCAUCUCUGUGCAACUUCACUAUGUGUUCGAGACUGUGUGGGGCAGGGAACAGUACUUCCUCUACGGCAUCCUCCUCCUCUCCUUCUUCCUGCUGCUCCUGGUCAGUGGUGCCAUUGGAGUCACUCUCACAUACUUCCAGCUGUCGGCCGAGGACUACAGGUGGUGGUGGAGAUCUAUCUUCAAUGUCGGGGCGACCGGGAUAUUUGUCUUGGUGUACAGUGUGUACUACUAUUGGCAAAAGUCACACAUGAGUGGGAUGUUGCAAAGUGUGGAGUACUUCUGCUACACCUUCCUACUCUGCUAUAUCUUCUUCCUCACACUCGGCACCGUCUCCUUCUUCGCCUCCCUCUCAUUUAUCAAACACAUCUACAGAAACCUCAAGAUGGAUUGAUUAACACAGCACACGCCACACAUCCAAACCCACCAACAUAUACAUGAGGAUAUUUGAAGACAAGACACUACUCAUCGCCACACUCCCUCAGUACCAGUCUCUUUUCAGCCACCCCCCCCCCC